CAGAACAUCUAUAAUUCUUGUCCCUCAAAUUAAUAGAGGAACUUCACAAGAUUCAUCAAGUGGAUUUUGAAAAAAGAAAGUGACAGUGGUAAAAAUGGCAAUGCCUAUAUUGCUUUCAUUGCUGAUUUUAUUCUUGGCAUCUCAUAGAUCCCAGGCUCAGACAACUAUAGUCUCACCAUCAAACACAUCAUCAUUUGCCACAGCACAAUACAUCAUCAACACAACAUCAUCAUCAUCCCUGACCUAUUUAGUGGACACUACAGGGUCAAUGUUUGAUGACCUCCAGCAGUUAAAAUUGGUGAAUAAUUGGCUUCUUGACAGCAUAACAGCAAAAUUCAAGUAUGGAGUGCGGCAGUAUACAAUGGUUGAGUUCAAUGAACCAACAUUUGGCCAAGUAAAGGUGACAUAUUCAAAGGAUGAGUUUAAAUCAUUUUUCAAUAGUCUCAACGCCUAUGGUGGAGGCGACUGCCCAGAAUUAGCGAUGAAUGGACUCAAAGUGGCUUUAGAGAAUUCCCCAGACAGAUCUAUCAUUCUAGUGCUCACAGAUGCAUCUGCUAAAGAUUACAAUGAUAUUCCCCUUCUGAACAGCAUACGUUCACUUAUAACUACCAAACAGUCACAGGUUGUCUUUUUGAUUACAGGGCUUUGCUCCAGUUCAAAUGACCCAGACUUCCUUAUUUACAGAGAUAUUGCUUCUAUGAGUUCUGGACAUGUCUUUCAAAUUGGCCUCUCAGAUCUGGGCAAGAACUCUAUUUGCUUUAGCAGCCAGAGUGACUCUGCCUAG